CAGAAACACCCCUCCCUGUUUUCUUAUCUAUCCCUCUAAAUUCUCUCUUGGUCCUCAUACUUUCGCGGUAUUACUCACACACCCCUCGCCGGAGAACUCGAAAACUCUCGCUUGAAAACGCUCCCAUGGCGACCACCGUCACUGCCCACCACCUUGGGAUCCUCCCCUCGCGAUCUAAUAGCGCUAAUGGAGGCCGUUUUCUCCCUCUGCCAUCGUUGGCUCUCCAUUCUAAGAGGAUGAGAUCGGGGCAAUCCCUGAAGGCGCUCACUUGGUCGGGGAGCUUCGGUAGGGUUGAUGCUGUGCUGUCGAAGAGGCCUGGGAGAUUUGGGAGUCGUUCCAGAUCGAGUUUGAUCCGUUGCCUGGCGUCGAGUGAUGGGAGGAUUACUCAACAAGAGUUCACUGAGAUGGCUUGGCAAGCGAUUGUGGCAUCUCCUGAAGUUGCAAAAGAGAGUAAGCACCAGAUUGUUGAGACAGAACAUCUGAUGAAGGCAUUGCUGGAGCAAAAGAAUGGGCUUGCUCGGCGCAUUUUUUCCAAGGCAGGAGUAGAUAAUACCCGGCUUCUAGAUGCCACUGACAAGUACAUCCAGAGGCAGCCUAAGGUCCUGGGUGAGAGUGCUGGUUCUAUGCUAGGACGAGAUUUGGAAGCGCUGAUUCAACGAGGAAGGGAUUAUAAGAAAGAGUAUGGUGACUCGUAUGUUUCAGUGGAGCAUUUAGUACUCGGUUUUGUGGAAGAUCGGCGGUUUGGUAAGCAACUGUUUAAGGAUUUUCGGAUUACCCUUGAGGCCCUAAAAUCUGCCAUACAAGCUAUAAGAGGGCGCCAAAAUGUUAUUGACCAAGAUCCAGAGGGCAAAUAUGAAGCCUUGGAAAAGUAUGGGAAGGAUCUGACAGCUAUGGCUCGGGAAGGGAAGCUUGAUCCUGUUAUAGGCAGGGAUGAUGAGAUACGACGAUGCAUACAAAUUCUAUCAAGGAGAACCAAGAACAAUCCUGUUUUAAUUGGUGAACCUGGUGUGGGCAAAACUGCUAUUUGUGAAGGGCUUGCUCAAAGAAUAAUGGAAGGGGAUGUUCCUCAAGCUCUUAUGAACCGGAGGUUAGUUUCUUUAGACAUGGGUGCACUGAUUGCUGGAGCAAAGUAUCGUGGAGAAUUUGAGGAUCGAUUGAAGGCUGUGCUUAGGGAAGUUACUGAAUCAGAUGGGCAGAUAAUCCUUUUCAUUGAUGAAAUUCACACCGUUGUUGGAGCAGGUGCCACAAAUGGUGCUAUGGAUGCUGGAAAUCUCUUGAAGCCUAUGCUGGGUCGAGGAGAGUUACGGUGUAUUGGGGCAACAACACUAGAUGAAUACCGCAAAUAUAUCGAGAAGGAUCCUGCCCUGGAACGUCGUUUCCAGCAGGUUUAUGUUGACCAACCUUCAGUUGAAGACACAAUUUCCAUAUUGCGUGGAUUGCGUGAGAGAUAUGAGCUCCACCAUGGGGUUCGUAUUUCUGAUGGUGCCCUUGUGGGAGCUGCGCUACUUUCAGAUCGUUAUAUCAGCGGUCGUUUCUUACCGGACAAAGCCAUUGAUUUGAUUGAUGAGGCAGCAGCAAAAUUGAAAAUGGAGAUCACAUCUAAACCAACAGCUUUAGAUGAAAUCAACCGAACUGUUCUCAAGCUUGAGAUGGAGCGUCUCUCCUUAACAAAUGAUACAGACAAAUCUUCAAAAGAUAGGCUAGCUCGUCUUGAGGCAGAGUUAGCUCUGCUAAAGGAGAAGCAAGCCCAAUUGACGGAACAGUGGGAGAAUGAAAAGUCAGUAAUGACAAAGAUUCAAUCUAUUAAAGAAGAGAUUGACAGGGUGAAUCUUGAGAUUCAGCAGGCUGAGCGGGAAUACGAUCUUAACCGGGCAGCUGAAUUGAAGUAUGGCAGCCUUAAUACUUUGCAGCGGCAACUUCAAGAAGCAGAGAAAGAAUUGAAUGAGUAUCAAAAUUCAGGGAAGUCGAUGCUUCGGGAAGAGGUAACUGCAGAUGAUAUUGCAGAAAUAGUAAGCAAAUGGACAGGCAUCCCUGUUUCUAAACUGAAGCAAUCAGAUAGAGAAAAGCUGUUACAUUUGGAAGAAGAGCUGCACAAACGUGUUGUCGGUCAAGAACCAGCGGUGAGAGCAGUGGCUGAGGCCAUUCAGCGGUCCAGAGCUGGUCUCUCUGAUCCCCACCGUCCUAUAGCCAGUUUCAUGUUCAUGGGUCCUACAGGAGUAGGCAAAACAGAGCUGGCCAAAGCUCUAGCUUCCUAUUUGUUCAAUACUGAAGAAGCUCUUGUUAGGAUUGACAUGAGUGAGUAUAUGGAAAAACAUGCUGUCUCAAGAUUAAUUGGGGCCCCACCAGGCUACGUUGGAUACGAGGAAGGCGGACAACUGACAGAAAUAGUUCGGCGGAGGCCUUAUGCCGUAAUUCUGUUCGAUGAGAUCGAAAAAGCUCAUGCUGAUGUAUUUAAUGUCUUCCUCCAGAUCCUUGAUGAUGGCAGAGUCACAGAUUCACAAGGUCGAACAGUAAGCUUCACGAAUUCAGUCAUUAUCAUGACAUCAAACGUGGGCUCGCACUACAUAUUAAACUUGGAUGACGACUCGAGUGAUUCCUCCUAUGAGACUAUUAAGCAAAGGGUGUUGGAGGCUGCUAGAUCAGUAUUCCGCCCUGAGUUUAUGAAUCGAGUAGAUGAAUAUAUUGUUUUCCGUCCACUAGACCGGGAACAAAUAAACACAAUCGUCAGGCUACAGUUGGAAAGAGUCCAAGCCCGACUUGCAGAUAGGAAGAUCAAGGUUAAAGUCACUAUUCCGGCGGUCGAGCUCCUGGGAAAUCUUGGGUAUGAUCCCAACUAUGGAGCACGACCGGUAAAGCGUGUCAUCCAGCAGAAUGUGGAGACCGAAAUUGCCAAAGGCAUUCUCAGAGGAGAUUUCAAAGAUGAAGAUGUAAUCUUGGUGGACACAGAAGUUACAGGCUUCUCCAAUGGACAACUUCCUCAGGAGAAACUAAUUUUCAAGAAAUUGAGUUCAGGUUCUUCAGAUACAUCUUCUGCACCAGAGCAGUCUGCAGUCUUGCCAAGCAUCUAAUCUUCCUUGUUUCAUCUAUUGCUAAAUAGUUGAAAACUUCAAUGUGUUACAACAACUACUAUUAAAUGUAUAGAGUAUUGUUUUUUAAUCUGAAUUUUGCAGGGAUUCAUUUUAAGUUUUCAUAGAAUGGUCACAAUGUUACUGUUUCUCAA